AAAUCAAAACAUCCGAUUUUCACUGAAUUAAACAGGAAAAAUCGUCGAAUAAAAAGCGGAAAAUACAAAAAUUCCCGAGAUUCGGUGUCGAGUUAACUCGUUACAGCAAAAUUCCGUGGAAAAUUGCGCAACUUUUCGUCAAAAAAGCAAAAUUCCAAAUUGGCCAUGAAAAUGUCGCGUCUUGGCUGGAUUAGAGAACAGAAGAAGAAGAUGAAGUGCAAAGUGUGUGCGUGAACAAAAAACCAAGUCAAAGUAACGGAAUCAAAGUUCCUUCCUCAUAAUUUCUUAGAAGAAAAAAAUUCUAGUUAGUGCGAAACGGGAAAAAAUAUCGAAAGCGAACAAAAUUUGGACUUUUCACUGUGUGUGUCGGCUACCAGCAGUCUAUAAUGUACCAUCAGUCUGCUUUUAAUCUCGAACACAAUCGAAUUCCGCACACAAAUAUGGUCGUAAACUAUGACGCGUAUCCCCAAACGAAUCCGUCGUUUCCGAUUUAUCCGCCCGUGCGUCUCAAGAAGCUCGCGUUCUACGACGUGCUCGGCGAACUCGUGAAACCCUCGACGCUCAUUCCGUCAAACAGCCAUCAACGCAUCCAGGAAAAAACUUUUACGUUCCUCCUGAGUCCGCAGCAGGCGACAGAACUGGCAAUGAAUCGCGACAUUCGGAAUCCGAACAAAAUUGAGCACGUCAUUCAGGUGCAACUGCGAUUUUGUCAGCUGAACACGACGGAAGAGCAAGAAGACUGUUUUCCACCGAAUGUCAUCGUUAAAGUCAACAAUAAACCAUGUCAAUUACCAAAUCCAAUUCCAACAAACAAGCCAAACGUGGAGGCAAAAAGACCCCCGAGACCUGUGAACAUCACGAUGCACGUGAAACUCUCGCCGACCGUCUCGAAUGCGAUUUCCGUGAGUUGGAGCGUCGAUUAUAACAAGACUUUUUGCGUUGCGGCAUAUCUCGUGCGGAAACUUAGCUCAAACCAGCUACUGGAACGUCUUCGGAUAAAGGGUAUCAAGCCAGCGGAACACACAAGAGGACUAAUUCGUGACAAAUUACGAGCAGAUGCUGACAGCGAUAUCGCUACCACAAUGCUUCGCGUGUCACUUUGCUGCCCUCUUGGCAAGAUGCGAAUGACAAAUCCGUGUCGCGCAACCACGUGCGGGCAUUUGCAGUGCUUCGAUGCGUCGCUUUACCUUCAGAUGAACGAACGGAAGCCCACGUGGAAUUGUCCCGUGUGCGAUAAAUCUGCUAUUUACGAUAAUUUGGUGAUCGACGGGUACUUUCAGCAAGUUUUGGUGUCGCAAGAACUGCCAAGCGACAAAAAUGAAAUUGAAUUGUUGGAGGACGGGUCGUGGGCCGUGCAUAACGAGGAGAAGAAAGAGGAAAAGGUUAAGGAAAAGAAACGUGUGGCGGAAGUAGCGGCGGAAGAUAUUCUAAUUCUUGACGAUGACGAUGACGACAUGCCCUCAGCGCCGCCUGCUCCAUCGAUUAGUCAGCCAAAAGCGUCGUUUGGACAAGCGUCUCCAGCUUCGCGUGUUCCCCCAGCAUUUUCCUCGCCUUCCAGUGCUUUAUCAAGUGCAACAACUACCGCAGCAAAUAACGUUACUGUUGAUCUCACUCUCAGUGACUCGGAUGACGACCAACCAAGUGCAGCGCAGCGUCAAAGAACGCCCCAAACGACACAACCGCAGGCUGCGGCAUCGGCAACAGCAGCAGCAACAACAACGCCAACACCGGCGCACGCACAAUCACACCAAAUCCAUCAACCGAUUCCCCAAAUGAGUCCCGCUGCGGCGAGCAAUUCUUACUUCCGGCAACAAUCGAUGCCCGUGCUCGAUUCAAAUGGCACCUCGCCCUCCCUCAGUGCAGCAAGCUCACGCCCAGCCUCCGUGGGUGGCGGAAAACCAAACGAAUAUCCAUUUGGUUCUCCAAUCGCUUCGCGAAACUGGUCUAUCGUACUGGAUUCACCUUCGCCUCCGCAACGUGUUCCAUCGGUAACGCCUCUAGUUGCCGAUCCGCAAUGGGAAUAUUACUGGUAUGCCUUAGCUGCGCAACAACAAGCGGCAGCUGCGCAACAACAACAACAAGAUCGCUCACCAAACUACUCGCUAGAUCAAUUUACUCUAAAUCCGUUGCGAAGAUAUGAUCAUCCGCCGGACAUGUAACAACAGACUGUUGUUUCAAUGGCAAUUUUUGUAUAAAUAAAACUCUUUUUGGAAUUUAUUGUGAAAAUUUCAACGCGGUUUCAGAGCGCGAUCAGAGAUCGAAGAAAAAAACACAUUUCUUAUACGACUAUUUAUGUACCAUUUUUUUGUUAAAUAUUUUAUUUUUUAGGUAAAAUGAAGAUCAAAAGUUUUUUUUUAUAAUUAUAUUAUUUAUUGGAUGACACUAGAGACUAAAUAAAAUAAAAUAAAAUAAUAAAUAUAAAAAUAUCA